AUGCUAGUACUUAAACGCUUGGAAAAGCAAGUUUUAAGAAAUGCAGUGGCUACGAACUAUCUAAGGAGUCCUGUACUCAAUCGUUCAUUUCAUUCCACGCUCAAUUAUAAUAAUGAAAUUUCGACUCAAGUUGAUACUAAGCCCAUCAAGCCUGUAAUUUCCAAUCAAGGAAAAGAUGAGGCAGAUAAGUCCAAAAGAGAAGACUCAAACGAUGCUAGCUUUUUCACUCCGGUCAAAUUCUCCGAUUUGAAAGGCAAGGGAUUCAUCAAUAACGCAAUCUUGACGGCGUUGCAUAAAGCCAAAUUUGAGACUUUAACACCUAUCCAACAAAAAGCAUUAAUACCUAUAAUCAAAUCCGAAAAGGGUGUUGUGUGUAGAGCAAAGACUGGUACAGGAAAGACCUUGACAUUUAUUAUUCCAACUGUCGAGAGUGCGAUCAAAAGAAUUACUGAAGAACCGGAUGUGCAAGGUGUCGACUCGGUGAUUGUGGCACCAACGCGUGAUUUAGCUUUACAAAUUCGUGAUGAAUAUGGGAAAGUGUGUGCCAAAUUACCACGUGCUAUUCAACCUAAAGUUUCCAUGAUUAUCGGAGGACAAAGAACUACGUUCAAUCACAGGUCUCCUAGUGAAAUUGUGAUAACGACUCCCGGAAGAUUGGAAGCUGAUUUGAAAGAUCAAAGGUUUGCUAAAUGGUUUAGAAAUAUCACGUAUAGAGUUUAUGAUGAAGCUGAUAGAUUACUUGAUGUCGGGUUUGAGCCGCAAUUGAAUAGCAUUAAUGGCACUUUACAAAGGAUUAGAGAGGAGGAUGCAUCUCCUAUGAAGUCAUUGUUGUUUAGUGCAACUGUCGAUGACUCAAUUACUCGUUUUGCUCAGAAACAUAUCAACAGACGUUAUGAUUAUAUCAAUACUGUUCCUAAAGACGAACCAGAAGUUCACGAAAAUGUUCACCAAAUUUUAUACAGAUGCGAAGAUGGUGUUGACAAGUUCCAAUCAUUCUUUGACUACGUUGUUGAUGUCAUUCAAAAUGAGAAAAACUCCAAGAUAAUUUUGUUUUUGCCAACGCAAACUGCUGUUGAUUGGUUUUAUGAUUAUAUGCAACAAGCUACUCGCUCACCAGAGAUUGCUGAUGCAUAUUUGGAUUUUGGUAUUUACCUUAUCCAUGGUAAUAGAUCUGCUUAUCAACGUAAGAUUGCUUUGGCUGAUUUCAAACAUUGUGAAAAAGGGAUGUUGAUCUCCACUGAUGUUGCAGCUAGAGGUAUUGAUGUUAAAGGAGUUACACAUGUGAUCCAACUAUUCCCAUCUUCAGAAGUUGCUGAUUAUGUGCAUAAGGUAGGAAGAACUGGAAGAGCAGGUGCUAAAGGUAAAGCGGUUUUAUUCGUUUCUCAAAGUGAGUUGCCAUAUGUGCGUAAAUUGAAAAAAGAAAGAGGUGUUAAUUUCCAAGAGAUUAUUGAAAGUACGUCAAACAAAAAGUAUUUAAAUGUGUUUGACUCUAUCAAACCUUCACCUCAUCAGACCAAUGAGUUCUUUUUCACAUUUAUGAACUACGUGAUUCAAGUUAAAGGUAUGUAUCGUUUAGAUGCCAAUGAUGUGAUUGAAGAUACUAUCAAUUUGUACCGUUCUUUGCUCAAGGAUGACACUGCUAAAUUGAGUAUCUCCUCAUUGAAACAUGCAGCACGUCAAUUAGACAGGGGUAUUUUGAGAGAGUACUUUGAACAUAAGGGUGGAAGAGAAAUAGAUGAGUUUAGAGAAGAGCAUAGACCAAGACAAUCCAACAAACGCGCAAGCCGAUUUCCAUCUAGUGGUGGUCGUGGAUAUCGUGAUGAGGACAAAUAUGGACACCGUGGUUCGGGUGGAAACAGACAACAAAAGAGGUCAAGUUUUGGUGGAGACGAUAGAAGAGGAGGUUUUAAAAGUCACAGGAGAUCAAAUUACAAUUCAAGAAGUUAUGAUUAG